CCGGCGCGCUCCGCUGUCCCGGAAUCGCAGGCCAGUCGGCGGCGCUCCAGCCCGCACCAGCCCCAGCCCGGGCCUCAGCCCCAGCGCAGUGCCAGCGCCCGGAGCCGCCGCCCGAGACCCCUCGCCAACCACCCAGCCCCGCCGUGCACGCCCUCCUGACGCAGUGUCCACCGCUCAGAAGGUAGAAUGGAUUGGGGCGCGCUACAGACCAUCCUAGGGGGUGUCAAUAAGCACUCCACUAGUAUUGGGAAGAUCUGGCUCACAGUCCUCUUCAUUUUCCGUAUCAUGAUCCUUGUGGUAGCCGCAAAGGAAGUGUGGGGAGAUGAGCAAGCCGAUUUUAUCUGCAAUACCCUCCAGCCUGGCUGCAAAAAUGUCUGCUACGACCAUCACUUUCCCAUCUCUCACAUCCGACUGUGGGCCCUGCAGCUGAUCUUCGUGUCCACGCCAGCACUUCUGGUGGCCAUGCAUGUGGCUUACCGGAGACACGAGAAGAAAAGGAAGUUUAUAAAGGGAGAGAUAAAGAAUGAAUAUAAGGACAUUGAAGAGAUCAAAACCCAGAAGGUCCGCAUCGAAGGGUCCCUGUGGUGGACCUAUACGAGUAGUGUCUUCUUCCGGGUCAUUUUUGAAGCUGUCUUCAUGUAUGUCUUCUACGUCAUGUACAAUGGCUUCUUUAUGCAACGUCUGGUGAAAUGUAAUGCCUGGCCGUGUCCCAAUACGGUGGAUUGCUUUAUCUCCAGACCCACAGAAAAGACUGUGUUUACUAUAUUCAUGAUUUCAGUGUCAGGAAUUUGCAUUCUGCUAAAUAUCACAGAAUUAUGUUAUUUGUUCAUUAGAUAUUGUUCAGGAAAGUCCAGAAGGCCAGUCUAAAUGUUUUGCCAGGCUCUUGGCUAAAAGAUCACAUGAAAAGAUGAGGGAACUUGGGCCUGGCUGUCAGAGCUCAGUCACCAGCAUUUCCCAAGACAAAGAUUCUCAUCUUAAAUGCAACCAUUUUGAAGUCCCGAGGACCUCACAUGAAUCGCCAGAUGUCUCCAUGGGGCUCCCUUCCACAAAACUCCAAAACAAAGGCCUCAUUCUAAGCCUAUAUUAGUCUCUACUCAAGUUAGUUCCACCAACCCCCUGUGCUGGUGGGGGUUAUUCCUGUAAGAUACUUGCAUAUUUUAAGACCUUAGCCUUUGUUCUCUCUGUCUCCUCCCCCACUUCCCCGCUUUCUCUAAGAGAGAAAGGCUUUGGUACUAAAGAGGAUGCUGAGAAAGUUCAAGUGCCUCCUUUGAGCUCCCUUCACCAAGUUUCUACCAUGCAAACCUAGAGAAUUGAUGUUUCUUUUAUUUGCUUUGAAAGUUGUAAUCUGUAACAAUGGACCUAAUGCUUUAAGCUCUGUUGUAUUUUUUUAAGGAAAACUUUAAAAUAGAUUCUUUUAAUCACAAGGUGUUCUAGAAACUUUUAUACAUUAUUCCUAUUUCAAAGGCUCAGAUUGUGAUAUGUAAAUAAUGUAUCAUUAGAUCUUCUAUCUUAAUAUAAAAGAUGACACCUUGGUUAUGAGAAUUACCACCAUGCUUGAAAGGCAGCCCACUGUAUUAAUUGUGGUAUGUGGUAUGCAAAGUAUUACAACCUCUCAAAUGAGACAAACCAGAAGUUCUUUAUGAUAGCUUAUGGUAGCAUAUGACUUCACUUCAAUAUUUUUGACUUAGGCCAGGAGUCCAUGUCUAACUCUUAUAAUCCUAGCUACUCAGAAGGCUGGGCCCUGAGGAACACAGUCCAAAGCCAGCCCAGGCAGA